AUGUUCAGAGGAAUCUACAGGGGAACACAAAAACAUCAAGAUGACUUUUUGGAUGUGGUGGAGCGAGCAGUCAAAGUUGGUGUGAAAAAGUUUUUGAUUACAGGUGGGAGUCUACAAGACAGUAAAGAUGCAUUGCAGCUGGCACAGACAAAUGAUGUGUUUUACAGUACAGUUGGCUGUCAUCCGACCCGCUGUGGAGAAUUUGAGCAGAGUGGCCCUGAACAGUACUUAGCUGAACUAAAAGACCUGAUUGAAGAAAACAAGACAAAGGUGAUAGCAGUUGGAGAAUGUGGCUUGGAUUUUGAUAGAUUAGAAUUUUGCCCAAAGGACAUCCAACUCAAGUAUUUUGAAAAGCAAUUUGACCUGUCAGAACAGACACAACUGCCCAUGUUUCUCCACUGUAGAAACUCACACACUGAGUUCUUAGACGUAAUGAGAAGAAACAGAGACAGAUUUGUAGGAGGGGUGGUACAUUCUUUUGAUGGCACAAAGGAAGAAGCAGCAGCUGUAGUAGAUUUGGAUCUUUAUAUUGGAAUAAAUGGCUGUUCACUGAAAACAGAAGCCAACUUGGAAAUGCUGAAAUCGAUUCCGAGUGAGCGGUUAAUGAUAGAGACCGAUGCACCUUGGUGUGGAGUGAAGAACACUCAUGCUGGAGCAAAAUACGUUAAAACUACGUUUCCUACGAAAAAGAAAUGGGAAGUAGGGCACUGCUUGAAGGACAGAAAUGAGCCCUGCCACAUAAUUCAAAUACUGGAAAUAAUGGCAGCAGUAAGAGAAGAUGACCCGCUUGAGUUGGCCAAUACUCUAUAUAACAACACUAUUAAAGUCUUCUUUCCAAAUAUAUAA